AUGGCAGUCCUGGGCGCCACACUGCUGUCCCUGUGCCUUAGCACACUGCUCAUCUCUGCCAGCUCCGCAGAUUUCCCUGAUAGAUGCAUGUUCUUCAGCACAGUCUCCCCCACCACUGGUCCAGGCAUCAGGAUCAGUUCAAACACGUAUGAGAGCAAUAAGGUCUACACAGUGUUUGUGCCUGUGAACAACAUCACCAACUCUGUGACCCUGAGAGCGGUGGACACAAGCAACAACAGCUCGGUAGGCCUCUGGCACAGAGCGGACCUGUAUUGCAACGGCAGCGUCCUCUAUCACGUGACGGACACGCGUGAAAGCUUCCUCAAGGCCAACUGGCAAUCUCCUCGUUACACGAACAUCACAGUGGAGAUACAAGCCUUCGUUAUCAAUUUCUUCAGAGUGGCCACCGUUUCUUAUCUGAAACUGGAAAAUCAAGCAAUGAUCACAGCAUCACCCUCCAUGACCUCCACGGCCUCCAUGACCUCCAUGACCAGGCCGACCACAGCCCAAAGCCUAACGACAAACCGAUUCCUAACCUCAACCCGAAGCCCAACAACAAACCGAAUCCUAACCACAGCCCAGACCGCAACCUCAACCAAAAGCUUCGCCAACAAAAUCUUCCUCAGCCCCAUCACAGAUGCCAUCCAGAUCCUGCUCGUCUUCCUCACCAGCAAACUCCUCUUCUAG